AUGACGUCAUUGCGCAGUUUAAGUGAUAUUCCACAGAAAUUUCGUUCGGUUUUCGCCCCAAUUGAGGAAUUUAACAUUGUCCAAAGCAAAGUUUUCGACGAUGUAUUCAAGAAAAAGCAUCACAUUGUGGUCAGUUCUCCAACUGGAAGUGGCAAAACUGUAAUCUUCGAAUUGGCGAUUGUGGAAAUGUUGAUGAGACUGGGAUUGGUUGAAGUCAACAAAUUAAAAAUUAUUUACAUUGCACCAACGAAGGCUUUAUGCAAUGAAAUUUUUCUCAAGUGGACCAAAAAAUUUAAGACACUUAACCUAAAAGUGGUUUUGGUCACCGGCGACACAACAGAUAUGGACGAUUUGAAUGUGAUUUCACCAUUUCACGUAAUCGUGACCACUCCAGAAAAAUGGGACUCACUCACACGCAAAUGGAAAGAACAUUGUGAAAUAACAAACGCUGUGCGUUUAGUAUUGAUUGAUGAGGUGCAUUUGGUUGGAGAUAAAAACCGUGGUCAAACACUGGAAGCGAUUGUUUCAAGAUUCAAAACAUUUCCCAAUGGAAAAACAAUACGUUUCGUCGCAGUAUCAGCUUCACUGCCAAACAUUCAGGAUUUUGCACAAUGGAUUGGCGCACAGUCAUUUGAGACAGUUCGUACAUUCAAACUUGAUGACACCAAACCAUCGGUGGAGAUAGUCCGAAAAGUAUGCGGCUACGUGCCAUAUGGAAAUUCAUUUCAGUUCCAAAAACAACUAAAUCCCCAAUUAGUUGGCAUUUUGCAAGAGGUCCUGGAAAAAACUGGAAAACAGAUUUUGGUUUUUUGCUCAACGCGAUAUGAUGUUGAACUAACAUUGACAGACCUAAUGAACAGUAUUGAACUGUCAGUUGAUGAAAUUCAACACCAUGGUUCCAAGACAAUUUAUGUGAAAGAUGAGCUGAAAGCGCUCCAUCAACGAAUUAAAGAUGACAAAUUACGUACAUGUGUUCAUCGCGGGUUUGCGUACCAUCAUGGUGGACUUACCUUUGAUGAUCGAGAAGAGAUUGAAGACGCAUACAAAAAGGGUUUGAUAAAGAUUUUGGUGUGCUCACAAACAUUGGCUUGUGGUGUGAAUCUACCUGCUCACGCGGUCAUUAUCAAGUCAACUGAGAUGUACAUUGAUGGCCGUAAUCAAGAAAUGCCCGAAUCGAUGGUUCUUCAAAUGCUGGGUCGAGCUGGCCGUCAAGAAUAUAAUAAAUCUGGCUUGGUAUACAUUCUAACCAAAAAAGACAAAGUCAAAUAUUACGAGAAUUUGUCGGUGGGUACGGUUCAGAUAGAAUCGCAUAUGCAUGUGGAUACGAAGUUGGCGGAAUUCUUAAAUGCUGAAAUCGCAUUGAAAACCAUUACGAAUGAAAAGAGUAUAAUCGAAUGGCUCCGAAUGACGUUUCUCUAUGCACGCACCAAAGCAAAGGAGAUAAAUGUGGCUGAGCUAAAAGAAUUGUACAUCAAAGCUGUCAAAAAAUUGCGAACAUCGAAUUUGAUUGAGGAAAAAUCGGAUGGCGGAUUAUUGUCUCGACCCUUCGGAACAGUCAUGGCCAAAUACUUUUUGAGUAUUUCAACAAUGGACACAUUUCAAAAAUUCAAAGGGAAUGAGACAAUCGAAAAGAUCUUAGACAAAAUUGUUGGAUGCAAUGAGUUUUCGGAACAUUACACUCGGAGUAAUGAGGUGUCCAAUUUGAAUAAAAUUUCCCAGUUUAAUCGGUAUCAAGUUAUCCCCAACAGAAAACCACCGUAUAAAGUGUCUUGUCUCUUGCAGGCCGUUUUGGGUCAAUCGCAAAUUAAUACCACAUCUCUAAUUGUGGACGCGCAGAAAAUAUUACAAACUGCAGAGCGAGUUGUACAAAGUACAAUUGAGUUUUUUAAUUGCAGUCAGUAUACAAACGACUGUUUCAAAGCGAUUCUUUCUUCAACGCUCUUGGCAAAAUCAUUAAGAAUGCGCACUUGGAAUGAUCGUAAUAUCUUUGGUCAACUUGGCAUUUCGGAAACUGCUGCAAAACAACUAAAUGAACAUGAAAUAUACACAAUUGAAGAGCUAACGGGAACUCAACCACGCGAAAUUGAAGAUAUCCUAGAAAAGGUUAUUCCAUACGGCACAGAACUCAUUCAAGAAGCAUCAAAAAAAUUCCCCCGUUAUAAAGUGAAUGUUAUGAAAUCAGCCGAACAUGUGUUUCAUAUUUGCAUAACACAAACCAACACUCAAUAUGUUGUCGAUUCAACUGCAUCUGGGUUAACUUUGCUUGUUGGAGACUUCAACAAUCAACUAAUUUGCUACGAUGACAUCCAACUUGAAAAUGGGGUUUUUGAAAAAUUGUUGCAUUUUACACCGGGAGCCAGAUUUUUAUAUGUCUUUGUGAUACACCAUAGUCUGGCUGGCGCUGAUCAAAUGAUCACAUACGAUUGCGUUGAACAAACGACAUCGUCAGAUAAUCGUUCUGCUGAAACGAAAAGACUCUUGAAUUACAUUUGGGAAGAUUCAUCGAAACGGUCGCUGAAGCAAGGAAAUACAAAUCCUUCGAAAUUCGAUUCGAAUGGUUCAGUAGCCGUCAGCAAGUCAAAUCAAAAACAAAAUGCAGCAAAAUUGACUCACAACAAUAACUUGCCAUUCUCCAAGAUGUCAAAGAACACAAACCCACAACAAUCAACAAUCUCGCAACACUUCCGGACCGUGAAGCAACCGACUCUUUUUUCUAAAACAGCAAGCUCGACUGAAAAACCCAAACAGAUCCGGCUAUCUCCAGACAUAUUCUCCACGCCAAUCGAAGCUACACAAAAACCAUUCUAUCUAUAUGAUUAUUCACAGUCAUGUGAAAGUAAUCGAAAUCAAAUCGAUCAUGAACGACUCAAAUCUUUGCCACCCUUGAAUGGUGACGAACCUAACAACACAAAAGGACAUCAGGCAAACGGACAUUCACAGCAAAUUGUCGAGACGCCAAUUCAAAAUAAAAUACGAGAAGAACGUGGCGGUUCGGAUAGUUUUGUCACUGCAAAAGUCAUAUGUAAAAAAGAUUUAAAUGAAAAAGAGGAUGAGCUUGAUGUUUUGAUGUUUUGGGAUAAAAUGGAUUCGGACGAAGAAGAACACCAAAAAGAGUCUCAUGGUCUCGAAAUCACUACUAAUACACGUGACACCGGCGAUACGCUGAAUAGUGUGCAAAAAAUUUUGAAUUCCACAAGUAGUAUUUGCCAUAGAGACAUCAUCUAUUCGGACUUUGAUGACGAUUGCGAUGAUUGGAACAGUAGUUUUCUGUCACUUGAUGAAGCCAACAUGGAAUUCAAUGCAUACAAAGAUGAAUUCUUAAAAGUUGACCACGAGAGCCCAAAACGAUUGAAUUUGCAAAAUUUGGAGGACAAAGUGGCAACAUCAUCACCACAACUUCUUCCAGGUCAUCAAAUAAAUCAAACGCAGUCAACUGAGAGUCACGCUGCAACAUCCAGUUUCGACACUAAUGCGGCCACUUGCGGUUCUUUCAAAAGAAAAGUACCAUUAUCGGAAAAGUCGCCUAUUUCAGCAUUUCAAUACCAACCACCACGGAAAAUGUUGAAAACCUAUUCGCAACAAAAGGAAAAUAUCAACGAGCCGAUCACUAAUAAAAAGAGCUCGUUAGUUGAUGAAUUGAUGAAGAAUGGCGCAAAAAAUGCCCUGGAAUCUAAUAGCAAAAUGAAAAAUCUACGAGCUGCCGAACUUAAUUGCAAUAUGUUCGAGCCUCAACGAGUCGAUAAGGUAUCACUACGAUCUGUUUUGCGCAUUGUGCGUGACAAACCGAACAAUACGGAAUUAGAUAUAAACAAUACAAUCGAGCAGUACCAGAAACGACUUUUAACUGAUCCAAACUACAAACAAGCAGACUACGACAAGGAUGUUAUUCUGUUAAAAGUACUCAAAAUGACACCCAAGACAGAACCAGAGCGGGAUGUCAAAGACAAACUCAUGGUUGACGACGAUUUGACACACUGUAGUUUCACCGACAACUUUUUCAACUUUGCGACACCUGAUCAUUGAUCACUUUUUUAAACAUUUUUUUUACCUUCUUUGUUCUCGUUAAAAUCUACUUUUUAAAAAGUAUUUUAUUUACUUGCAAUUUGUAAGCGGAAAAAAGUCGAAUAUUUCAACUGUCUAACAGUAUUAUCAAUAAUAAAUAUUUGAGUUUCAAUAUUU